GGCCCGGGAACCUGCAUGGGCGGCCCGGCCCGGCCCCGCGCGCGCCGCUGCCUCACGGGCCCCGCGGCGCCCCGCGCAUGCGCGCAGCCCGCCCGGCGCGCCGAGUGCAGGUUGCGGGGCCCGGCGCUUCCAGAACGUUCUGGAACGCGCGCGCCCGCCCGGGGUCAGGGGGCGGCUCCGCCUCGCCGCCGGGCACCGCGGGGCCCCCGAGGCGGCCGCCAGCCAGCGGGGCGCGGGGGCGGGGCGGGGCGGGGAGCGCGGCAGCGGCGGAGGCAGCGGCAACGGCGGCGGCAGGGCCGGGCCCCGCCCCGGGGCUGGGCCGCCGGUGGCGCAUGCGCAGGCGCUGCCCUUCUGCGGCGGGCACGGGGCGCUCGGGGCGGCGGCGGCAGCAUGGCAGGAAAAGCAUUUAGGAAGUUCCUUCCCCUGUUUGAUCGUGUUCUGGUAGAACGAUGUGCAGCUGAAACUGUAACCAAAGGAGGAAUCAUGAUUCCAGAAAAAGCUCAAGGGAAAGUGCUACAAGCAACAGUAGUGGCAGUUGGAUCGGGAGCCAGAGGAAAGGAUGGUGAGAUACAUCCAGUGAGCGUUAAAGUUGGUGAAAAGGUUUUGUUACCAGAAUAUGGUGGUACAAAGAUUGUACUAGAAGAUAAGGACUACUACUUGUUUAGAGAUGGUGACAUCCUUGGGAAGUACCUGGACUGAAGUUGGUUGCAGUAGCAGUCAUCCAUUCCACUAAAAUACUGAAAUCCUUUCUUUCAUCAUGUAAAUAAUGUCCUUUAUUUUAUAAUAUGCAGGCAUUGACUCUCUGAAAUAACUUGUGAUCUCACUGUAAUGAUGGAACACAAAUAAAAGUGUGUGCAGUCAGAA